AUGACCCCUUACCGGAGCACCGUGGAGGGCAGAGUGACAAUUGCAUACGUCAACAGCCCUGAUAAUACGACCUUGUCGGGAGACCUUGAUGGCAUUCAAGCUGUCGAGAGGAGGCUGAAGGCGGAUGACGUCUUUGCCAGAAAGCUCAAGGUCAAAUGCCCUAUCAUUCGCACCGUACGGAGCCAAUGGCGGCCGGCCGAAUACCUUGAAUUAUUGGAAGAGUUGCUAAAGUCGCCCAGACAGCUGAAAGAUGGCGUCUUUGGGCAAAAGAAGACGGCAGCCUCGAGGGCUGCGGGUACAGACUAUGCGACUUGCACAUCACCAAACGCUCUCGUCAUUCCCGAGACGACCGAGGGCGUCCAAGUGCAGUUUACGAUGCACAAGUGCGACGAUGCCAAGAUGCUCGAGCCUGGCUGGUGGGAGUUUUUGCUACAUUCGGAUCGUGACGGCAACGAGCAGGCUACGAGACACAGCCACGGAUAUAUUUCCUUGAUCAAGCCGCCAUUACAUCCCUCGCCAUCGACAACGAGGGCAAGUUUUCUCGCUGGCAAAGACUCCUUUUCUGUUCCGCUCCAGGACGGCUCCGCAAAACUGGUGCCCCCCGAACAGGUGUUCUAG